GAUCGUCGAACGAGACCGUAGCAGAAUUUUCAUGUCGUGCUGUGGCUAGGCAUUAGAAACAUAUAUAUUCCUAUAUAUAUUCAUGUGUUACCAGCUGGCAGUGGCAGUUUUGAGUGCGGCAAGACGCGUCAAGUGAAAUCGAAUUAUUAUUCAGAUAAAUAAGAAGGCAAUCAAGCCAAUCGAGAAGACGAAAGCGCGACAAUUACCAGACGAAUAAAUCGACAAGGAUGACGACCAAACAGUUGCUCCACAAGAAUGUGAAGUCCAUGCCCUCGUGGGUGACCGAGGCGAACGACCGCAUCGGACCGAAGCCACCGCCCACGCCCCCCAAUGGAGUGGCUGGGGGAGCUCCCAAGGCUCCUGCCCUGCCCCCCAAGGCAAAGAGCACCCCCGAACCGGACUACGAGAUCAUCGAGUUUACUAACCAGCAGUACUCCAACGAACCAAUGAAGACCACAGUGAUUAGGACCAAGACGCCAGAUAACAAGCUGAAGUGCACCUUGUGUGGCUCCCAGAAUCCCUGGGUGACCUGUUCCGAGUGCGCGGGCCAGAUCUUCUGCGCCUCCUGCGACGACAUGUUCCACAAGCAUCCCAAGCGCAAGCAGCACAUGAGAAAGGCCGUGGAGCAGGGCACCCCGCCCAUUCCCCCGAAGGGUGGUGGGGCACCGCCCCCAGUGGCGCCUCCUCGACGCAGCAAGCGCGGUCUACUCACCCCUUUUCUGGGCCGCAAGGAUCAGAUGCUGCCGCCGCCCUCGCCCACGCCCUCCCACAAAUCGCUGGGCGGCUGGCGGGCGCAGCUUGGGGGCGCGGCCACGCCCCCCGUGCCUCCGGUCCCUGCCAAUACCAACUCGUCCGGCCAGAUGAACAACCGCCCGCUUCCAGAGCCGCCACGCAGCGAGGGCGGGGGAUCCUCGAGGUCCGGAACCCCCAAGUCCGUCUUCGACACCAUCCAGCGUCCCCCGUCCGUGCAGCUGGAGAAGAUCAAGAGCAAGGCCAGUGCCACCCUGGACCGCAUGGCCAUCCUGCAGCAGCGGUACCGCCAGCAGAAGGCGCGCCAGGACCUCAGCGCCAACAGCGAAAUGCAUAUGUCGAAUGGAGCCGGCUUCGAGCACUGGUCAAACAUUUCACCAUCGCCCUCGCAUUUUCGUUCCGGCAGCAUGUCAUCCGGUCUGAACUCAUCCCAUUUCGAUCUCUCGGAUGACUCACAAUUUCACAAUUCCUUGCUGCUCCAACAACGACAGGCGGCGGGCGCACAGAGGCGUCAGAUGAGCACCUCGGUCUUCAACCUGAACACCAAUCCUCGGAGACCCUUGGCCGAAUCGCAGAACGGCAGCGCAUGGCUAGCUAACCAGCGCAUCCAACAGGCUCAAUCCCUUGCUCAACUAAACUGCGCUGGCUGUCAGCAAAGUCAGCAGCAUCCUGGCUGGGCUCAGCAUCCGCAUGCUCAUCACCAACAUCCGCAGCACCAGCACCCCGAUCAGUGGUCCCAGUUCGGCUCACAGCAGCAGUUCAACAACUCGAAUCUGUCCCUCAACGUGGGACCGGGAUACAUGCAGCAGCACCAUCCGCACUUUCCACCUCCGGUGUUUAUGACACAGCGCGGAAUGAUGCCGAACAUGUACCCGGGAGCACCCGGCUAUCCCAUGAUGCAUCCAGGUGUCAUGGGUAUGCCUCCUACAGCUGCCUCAAGAGCUGCCUCCCGUUCGCGAUAUGCCGCCUCCCCAACGCCCAGUCGCAAGUCCAUGUCCUUAAGGCGAAAGCGAAACAGCUACGUGGAUGACGAGCUAACGGAUGACGAGGACUCCGAUCAGGAUGACCGCAGGUCCCUGGUCUCCAAUCGCUCGGGCAUGACCAGUGCCUCGCGGUCCAACCAACACCACCAGCACCACCAUCAGCCCCGUCAAAGGCGCCUCUCGAGUGCCUCGCAACUAAUUGCCAACGAUGAACUGGAUGGGGAUCAGAGGCACGGUUCGAGGCAACACAAGAUGCGGGACCGCCGGGGAUCCAUUGCCAAGUCCGUUCAGAGCGAGUGGUUGCCGGAGAGGCGGGACAAUGAGGGAACCCUCACCAGAAACAAACCCAUUGCAACAGACUCGUCCCGAACCAGUCGCAUUUACUCCGAUUUGGAGUCCGAGGGAUCGGGUGCCCGAGCUCUGGUGCAGGCCAAGAUUCAGCAGAAGCUCCAGGAAGCCGAUCAGCACAAGUCCUCGAAAAAGUCUGAGCUGAAACGAAAGCCGGAGAUGAAGGACGAGAACACACAGGCUGCGGCGGUGGUGCAAAAGGUGGUGCCACCAGCCCAGGAAGAAAGUGCCUCCGAGUACGAGGAAGUGGUUGAAGAGGUGACCGCAUCGGAAAGUGAACAAGAAGCUCAGGCAGCUCCCGAACCCCCGGAAGUUCCCGAGGAGAUCGAGGCCGAUGAGCUGGGUCCACCACCUUCUACGCCGGAUCACGAAUGGGAGUGCGAGUUCUGCACGUUUGUCAACGAGCCCAACAUCAAGAUCUGCUCCAUCUGCUGCAAGACGCCCAGCAAACCUCCAGUGGCGCCCAACAAGGCUAAGAAGGUGGAGGAAAAGCCACAACCACCUACUGAAAAAACCAAUAAAACAACUUCCAAGCCGGAAGUCAAGUCAGUGCAAAAGCCUGCUCAGAAGAGCCAGCAGUCUAGUCAGAAAACCACAUCAGCGUCCACCAAAACUAACCAGGGUACCACUACCACCUCCAAGACUUCGCCAACAUCGAACUCCAAGAACUCCUCGAGUAUUCCCGUGAAGACUCCUUCAAAAUCAACCCUGAAAACCUCGUCGGAGAACGAAUCCGACAACUCGCUGGCGAAGAGCCUACUGCACAAAGAGUCCGUUGAAAACAUUUGGAAUACGCUGGAUGAGAGCAUUCAGGCGCAGGCGGAGCAGGUUUUGAAGAAGGCCCAGAAGGUCUCCACGGGCUGUGGUGGCACUCCACCCCGCGAAACAGCAGCCGUGGAAAUGGGCACCUCGCCGCCACCCCAGAGCAUUUCCACACAAACCUAUGACGCACUACCCUUCAACUCAAAGUCUGAGGAAAUCCCGACAGUGGUUCCGGAUCGCUUUAGGACCCCGGAACCGAACAAGAUGGAGCGACGACCGCACUACCGCAGCAAUUCGCAGCUGCAGCAGGAAAACGAUCGAUAUCGCAGUGCCAGCGAUCUGAGGUUCCACGAUGGCUUCGGUCUGGAUCCCUACAGCGCCGGUUUGGUCACCAGACGACCCAAUUUCAUAAACGAGCUGCGCAUGCUGCAACAUCAAAUCUCCUCCCCCUUCGACAUGCCGCAUGAGUCAUUCGGCGUUAAGCACGAACCGGCUCGGGAUCCGGAAACAGAGAUGCACAUCAUCCUGAAGGAGCUGGAGCUGUACAAGUUCACGGUGGAGGAACUGGAGGCCGCGCUGAAGUACUGCUCCCCCGAAACGCAUCCCAUUCAGUGGCUGCGGGAGAACUGGCUCAAGCUGGUGCAGACGGUGCAGAGCUUGUCCACCAAGUAUGGCCAGGAGAGGGCUGAGAACACGAUUGGAACCGUGUCCCAGAACGAGGCUCGUGAGGCCCUCCGCAACUGGGGAAACGUGUGGCAGGCGGUGGCCGACUGCAUCCAGCAGAGGCAGCAGAAGUUCAGGAAACUCUCGGCCAAGGGGAACUUCCUGCGGGACGACAUUGUAAAUGCGCUGACCGCGCACCAAGGUAAUUUGGAUCAGGCGCUCGUGGAGCUAAAUCGAACGCAGCUCAAGCCAUUUCUAAUGCGCAUCUGGGGCUCGCCGAAUGGCGUUGAGAAUGAGAGUGGCGCAACCAUUGACACCAAGUCGGAUAUCCAUGACUUCCUGAACACUCAUGCUUUGGACUGCCUGCAGCCUCCAUUGGCGGUGGAGAGUCCCAAUCCCGGCCAAGCCAACCCUUUCGAUCCACUCCGCCCCGAUGACAGUCCAGUUAAGUCCACCUACGCCACUCCCAGUCCCUACCAGUUGGAAGACAGCACCCUGAAGAACCUGGAGAUACUCAUCGGGAACAUGGAACAGAACCAGGCCAAGCAGAACCAGGAGGUCCUGCGAUCCAUCGAGAGCAUGCUGGACACCUUCAAGGGCAAGCCGGAGAUGGAGUACGAAACGGAUCCGGAGAUAAUGCGAAUCCUCACGAAGAGCCCCAUUAGCACGCUAAGACCCUCUGGAUCGGUGGAGGAUAGGUCCUCCGAGGACGUGAAGAACUUUGUGUGGCAGCACAUUCAGGAUAUUGUGCCGAACCUGGUGCAACAGGUUGAGCAAGAGCUGAUGGAAAAGCCGGAGGUUGAAGUUCCGGUUGAGGUAAACCAGGCAAAGUUGGCGAGUCCGGAACCUGAACUUGAACCUGUGCCUGCACCAGAACCAGAACCUAAACAGGAACCGGAACCGGAACCGCAACCUGAGCCUGUGCCCUCGGUGGAUCCGGGUGUCUACAUCAUGGAGGAAUUCAUUAAGCCCAAUUUGAGGGAGGCGAGCAUCCGGGAGGAGCUUCCACCUAAUUUCAUUUAUGCCACCGAAAUAGCCAACUUCAAGUUGGAAUUUGAUCGUGGCACUGAACGAUUACACGAAGCGGAAUGGGAAAGCCAUGAUCUUGAGGAUGCAGAACGUACUGUGUACAAAAGCUACAUGGCUCCAAAAGAGGAAGUCAAGGAGGUGGUCAAAGAAGUAGCUUUAGAAGCUCCUGCAGCCAAAACCCAAGAAGAAUCUUCUCCAGAAAUUGCCAUUAACCUACAAAAGACUGAAACUACCGAAGAAACAAAACAUGGAGCUUUGGCCACCUCAACUAACGAAAAAGAGACUGUUAAUGAAAUACUUUCACAGAACACAGUACUUGAAAUAACUACACCUUCAAUAAAUGAAGAAAACAUUGUAACUGAAACAGUUGCACUGCCAACAGAAGAAAUUGUUACUCAGAAACCGAAUGAAAAUAAUUCGCAAGCUCAGCAAGUCCAAUCAGAAUCACAAGCCCAAGAUGAUGACAAGCCAAGCACAAGCAGAGAAGCCAACCGAAGGAACAAGCGAUCCCAUGAGGCCAAAAAAAGUAGAUCCAGGGAACAGAGUCAAAAGCCAACUAAUCGAGUGAGAUUACCCAAAGACAUCGAUCAGAAAGUACAAGCAGAAAGCACUAAGCCAUUAGAAAUUGUCCCUAAAAGGGCAACGGAAGAACCAAAGGCAGUGACUGAGGCUAAUUCAGUAACUAAUAUUCAACCAGUCGCAACUUCAACUAAUGCCGAAACAAAAGUUAUCGAAAAUAAUGUCGAUUUAUCCGUUCCCAAUCAAAAUUUGCUUACAUCUUUAAAGGACAAUACUGAUAAUACCCCAGCCCAAAGCGAACCAGAAAAUUUAUUAACAAACACCGUUGCCGAAAGUGUUAAAGAGGUGGUUUCAAAACAACCUGAAGAGUCCCAGCAGAAGAUCGAACCUGCAGACUUAAAGGAUACAAAUGCAAUUAUAACUACAAAUGAAUUAGCUAUUGAACAGGUUCCGCAGUCAAACUCUAAUGCCUUUUUGGAUCAACCUGCAAAGUCUAUAAACAUUACAGAAUCUGCUGCCAUAACGGAAAUACCUGAACCGAACACUCAAGCUCGAGAAGAACCUAAUGUUGAAAAUGUUUCUUCUCCAAUAAGUGAACCUAUAAAGAAUGAUAAAUUGGAAACUGGCCAAGCAAAUCAAGUGGUUGGAACACAUACUCCCGUGAUUACAGCCCCCUCCCCAUCUAUUGCAGAUGAAACUCAUAUAGCCGAAAAUGUAGAAAUAACACCCAGUACUUCAUCAAUAACUAACGAUCACAAGCGAAGUCCGAAACGUUUUUCAAAGAUUCCCGUGAGAACCCUGAGUAGCAACAGUCUUCGAAGUGAAAGUAGAGGAAGUACUAGGACUCCCACAGCCAAUGAUGAGAUCGAAAAGGAAGAGUCUAAUAGAAAAGAAGAGCAAGCUACGGAAAGUGAGAUUGCUCCAAGGUCAGAUAAGUCAUCCGAACCAAAGGAGACAUUUACAACAGAGAACGAGGUGGUUCAGACAGAUGCUGCUGUUAGUCAAGAAAUCCACUCUGAAAAAGAAGUUAAAGGUAUUGAAGAACCCACAAUCCAACCACUUAUUUUAGAGCAGGAAGUACACCCGCCAACUGCAAUAGCCAUAGCUGUAACUCCCACAGAUUCUGAUGACGUAUUCGAAGAUGCCCCAGAAUUCAGCGGCAGUGAAGAAACAAGACCCCAUGAUGAAGCCGCUUCCGAUGCAGAACUCUACAGCCUUGAUAGCGAUGGACAGCGGGCAGAAACCAAGUCCCCGGAGAACGAAGUCCUUUUACUUCUCGAUGAGGAAUCCCAAAUAGAAUCUUCAAUAGCCAAGUCAGCCAGCAAUACAAGCUUUGCUUCCCAGUCAAGUCAAUCAGAAACUUCGAAGGUUGUCCUCAAGGAGUUCGUUCCCUCCGGAGAUCCAGCCAAGCAGAACCUCAGCGAACUGGUGUCGGACACUCAGCGGCUGAUCAAGCAGAUGCGCGACGAGAUCAGCAUGGACGAGUUCGAGUCCACCGACGAAGAUGAGUUCUCCGACGAGUACUCGGAUGAGUACGACGAGGGCGAAGAGGAGGAGUGGUACGACAGCGAGGGCGAAGAGGAAGGCGACUUCGAUGGCGAGGAGGGCACCUACAACGAGCAUACAUCCUUUAUAGAAGAAGCCUCCACCGGAGACGAGGGCACCGAGAUCGAGGACAUCAUGGAGGAGGACGAGGAUGAAGCGGAAGAAGACGAGCCACAAGCCACACAAAUCGCACAAGACAUUGUACCAGACAUUUCGCCUGCUCUAUCAGUCACCCCCACCAACGAAGAAACCGAUGCAAAUGCCCAAACUGAGGUUGUUUCCUCCGCAGGAAGGAGCCUGGUGACUGAGUUGCAAAAUCCCGUUCAGGAGUUGAUCUUACCUCCUCAAGAAAAUCCGGAGGAAGUGAAAGUGGAAGCUCUACCUAUUCAACCUCCUGCUAUUGUAACCGACUCGGAAAGUCGACCUGCGGAGCAACCUGUUGAGCUCGUACUGGAAGUCCCUCUGGAAACUGAACCUCCCUCUGAACCGGCACUCGUUGAGGAACCCACUGCCAUGCCCAUUACACCCGCACCACCUAUUGUUGAUUCCGAAUCCCGACCCGUGGAGCUGCCUGCUGAAACCGUGCUGGAAGAGCCCAAAAAGGUAACCCCGAGCGUGAAAGGCAAGAGUACCACCACAACAAGCUCUACCAAGACAAAGUCCACAGUCAGUAAGAUCCCCAAGCCCACCAACGAACCCACUAACACUUCGAGUAGCUCCCCCCUAAACAAGAAGGUUCCGCUGCGCUCCAAGUCCUUUUCGGCACCCAUGGGCAUCUCGUCCGUGAAGCGAAUCCAGGAGGUGUACCUUCAGAAGCAGACCUCGACGGUUCCGGCCGUCAGUCGAGUGCCGCUCAAGAGCAGUCCUGCCACCAAGAAGUCCAUCAACGACGCCAUCAGCAGGUUCAACUCGAACGAUGGACCCAGCACCAGUGGAGCAGCGGCUGCAGCAGCUUUGCUGAAACCCCGAUCCCAGCCCCGAAUCCCCAAGAAGAAAUACCACGAGACCUGCUUCUCGGACGACGACUACGAGACCUCCGCCACGGAGGAGGAGCAGGACCGCGAGGAUCCCAACCUGACGGAACCCCUGAAAGCAGAACUGCUAAAGCGUAAGCUGAGUAUGCCCGUCUUCCGGGCGUAUCCUAGUGUUCAAGAGCCGGUUAUUGAGGACCCAGCGACCCUGGCCCGCAAGUACGUCGAUCAGGAACUGGUGACCAACAUUGCCGAAGCCCAGAUAGCCGCCACCUUGGUCAACAUGAAGUUCUCGGAGGACGUGGCCUUGUGGGCAGCGAGGGAGUGCUCCGAUCUCGACCAGGCCAUCGCCAUGCUCCAGCAGGAGUGCGAACUCUGCAUGAACAGCUACCCCAUGAACCAGAUGGUGUCCAUGCUGAAGUGCCUCCACAAAUGCUGCAAACAGUGCGCCAAGAGCUACUUCACGGUGCAGAUUACCGAUCGUAGUAUCAACGACUGCAGUUGCCCGUUCUGCAAGUUGCCCGAACUGAGUAAUGAGGCUCAGCACGAGGACGAGCACCUGGAGUACUUCUCCAACCUGGACAUCUUCCUGAAGAGCAUCCUGGACGGCGAUGUACACGAAUUGUUCCAGCGAAAGUUGCGAGAUCGCACUUUGCUGCAGGAUCCCAACUUCAAGUGGUGCAUCCAGUGCUCCUCCGGAUUCUUCGCUCGGCCCAAACAGAAGAGGUUGAUCUGCCCGGAUUGCGGAUCGGUGACGUGUGCCCAGUGCCGGAAACCCUGGGAAAAGAAACACGAGGGCAGCAGUUGCGAGGCUUAUUUGGAGUGGAAGCGCGAAAACGAUCCCGAGUUGCAGGCUCAGGGAGUUCAGGAGCAUUUGGCCCAGAACGGGAUCGACUGCCCCAAGUGCAAGUUCCGCUACUCACUGGCCAGGGGCGGUUGCAUGCAUUUCACCUGCACGCAGUGCAAGUUCGAGUUCUGCUACGGAUGUGCUCGUCCUUUCAUGAUGGGAGCCAAGUGCAUGGUGUCCUCGUACUGCGCCAAACUGGGAUUGCAUGCCCAUCACCCGCGAAACUGCCUGUUCUACCUGAGGGACAAGAUCCCCAUGCAGCUGCAGUUCCUGCUCAAGGAGAAGAAUGUCAAGUUCGACACGGAGCCCAUACAGAUAAAGGACGAGUCCAGCAGUUCCUCCAGGGCCCGAGCCCAGGCCCGCUGCCCCAUCCCGCUGCAGAAGGAAACUCCGCAGGGUCUCGUCGAUACAGUUUGCAACACCGAGGUGCCCGACAAGCACGCUGGCAUGUGUCGCACCCACUACGUAGAGUAUUUGGCUGGCAAGGUGGCCAAGGCUGGCAUCGAUCCCCUACCGAUCUUCGACCUGACGGACUGCGUCCAGGAGCUGCGUAGGCGUGGCAUCGCCCUGCCGGAACGCGGACCGUGGGACACCGACGAGAUCUACAAGACCAUGUGCUCUGAGGUAAUCAAACAGCAUAUUCCACUGAAGUCGGCAUGAUCAGGAGCAGGAGGAGAAGUGGUGUGGUGGAAGCGGUCGACUGUUGCAGUUCUUCAUUAAUUUUUAUUAUUUAUGGCCAGCACUUUUAUAGACAUUUUUGUACACCUACCUGCACACGAAACAAACUUAAGUUGUAGACAGUUCGUUAGGCAUUAGAUAUGGCAUAUAUACACCUUCAUCGACACUUACUCAUCGAUCAUCCUUCCAGCAGAAUUUCCCAUUUUGUUUAGUCACUAAGAGAUGGAAAACAACAGACCAAAAUCCGCACGUGUAACCAAGUGCAUCCAAUAAACCGAAUAUGUGAAAAUCCAAU